UCUCAAUGGAAUAGUACAGGUGGGACCUCGGUCCGGUGAAGACACACGAGGGUUGGUCCUACAUGAAGGCAGAAUACAGACAGAAUAUCCACCUCAUUAACAACACACGCGCGCACACGGGCACACGCACGCAGACACACACACCCAGUGAGCGAGCGCUGAGAAGAGACGCGGGACACAAGUCUACAAGCUGGAGUCGCACUAUGCACAGGGCGUCCCAUCACCUGGAAAGAUGUACGUUGGCUACCUGUUGGACAAGGACGCGGGGAUGUACCACCACCAGAACCCCGUCUCCCGUGGACACCCCGGCCUCAACCUCAACCCGCAGAGCUUCGUCCCCGCCGCGCCGCACUACUCGGAGUUCACUGGAUACCACCACCACGUCCCGGGGAUCAACAACGACCCGCACUCGGCCCAGAACGGGGUCGGGGGUUGGAAUCCGUCCUAUCCUCCUCCUCCGCCGCGGGGGGACGAGUGGCCCUCGCACUACGGGCAUCACGGGGCCCCCAAUGCGACCCCGACGCCCAACUCCUCCGCGGUGGGGCCCCCGCUUGGGUUCAGCCCUCCGGAGUUCUCAGGGCAGCCCGCGGCACUGCUGCCCGCCUCCAUGAACCCGUCCUCCGGACAGCUGUCGCCCAACGCCCUGCAGAGGAGGAACCCGUACGACUGGAUGCGACGGAACAGCGCGCCGCCCUCCACCUCAAAUGGCAAAACUCGGACCAAAGACAAGUACCGCGUCGUGUACACAGACCACCAGCGGCUGGAGCUGGAGAAGGAGUUCCACUACAGCCGCUACAUCACCAUCAGGAGGAAGGCCGAGCUCGCCACCGCGCUCGGGCUAUCAGAGAGACAGGUGAAGAUCUGGUUCCAGAACCGGAGGGCCAAGGAGAGGAAGGUGAACAAAAAGAAGCUCCAGCAGCCGGCCUCCUCCACCACCACGCCCAACCUGCCCCACAUCACCCACGGCGACGCGCCCACGCUGCCGCACAUCGUCCACAGUGAGGCGCCCGGCGCCGACGACGACAGAGGCGGGGGAGUCCUCCACAGCAGCAACAGCAACAUCGCCAUGGUGACGAGCAGCAGCGGGAGCAACGGGUUGAUGUCGCCCUCCUCCAUGCCCAUGAACAUCAAGGAGGAGUACUGAGGAAGAGGAGAAAGGGGACCACGAUGAAGGAUCAACAGAAACAAGGGAUACAGAGCAGGAAGAAGGGAAUGAGCCAAAGGAGACGAGGAGGAGGAGGAGGAGGAAGAGGAUGGGAUGCAGAGGUACAGGAGCAGAGUGGAGGGAAGGACACAGGGAUGGGAUCGAGGAAGAGGAAGUAUAGAGGAACGAGUGGACACCUGGGAUUAGAGGUCACCUGGAACACACACACACACACACACACACACACACACACACACACAAACACACACACUGCUGGACACCUGUAAAUCAUCUGUAAAUUCCAUAAUAAACGAGCAUACCUGAUAUUUUCCUCCUGCAACCGCACACAACACUUUUGGAAAUCAUAAUGCUUAACAGAAAGGCACUGGCAGCAUUGCGUUGUCACUGUUUCCCACAAUGCUUUAAUUCUUUAAAUUUUGAACUGCUUGUUUCAAACUGUACUGAAGACGAUGACGCUGCAUGCACAUCACAGCCACCACCCUGCGCUGUGGUUGAGCUCGGUUUGGCGUUACAGAGUAUCGCCGCCUACCUCUAGAAGACCCCUGACUGUCCACCUGCUUCAAGCGACCACUGUGUGGGUCGGCCAUCGCCUAAGACUUCACCGCCAAGGCUUACUUGCCCUGCAGAACUAACUCAAACCGGACCUUCUGAAUUUGGGGCGUCAUGGCAGCAUUUUUGGAUACAUUAUGCUCUGUGGACAGGGCUAUUACGUGAAUGGGAUAUUAUUUAAAAUCGUAUCCAAACUCAGGUUGUACAUGUUUUAAUUGUGUAUGCUUCUGGCAAAUUCCCCAGUAGUCCCCAACCCCCCCCCCCCCCCUCCCCUUGAGCUGUUUUGCCGAUGGUAAUCUUUUGUAAAUGGAUUUGAUUGCACACAUGAAAUUUUAAUAAGUGUAUAUUUUCAAUAUAAUUUGUAUUAAAAAAGUUUUAUUGUA